CUGCACACGGUCCCUGACUGCCUUCAUUCUGGUUUCAGUGCCUUUCGUGUUUUGCUGUGGCUACUGCAGAAAGGGCGAUCGCACUCACGUUAGCCGGAAGUGUCCUAAGUUAAUUUGUUUGUGUAUCUGUAUACUGCAGAUGAGAAAGACAACCCCGAUGUACAGGGAUGUAGCGAAUUUAGGCAUGGGGGCGAACGUCUGCGAGGUGAGUUCGUCUUUUUGCUCUUCUUGCUAGCGGUAGGCACUGAAGGUAUAUUGAGGCGCAGUGUUUUCAGCACGUCUGCCCGCCCGCAGCGUCGGUCUGCCAGUGGGUUCUCGUAUUUACUCCACUGAAAGAGGAGGAGGACGACGACGACGACGACGACGAAGAAGAACAGGAGGAAGCAGGAUGGAGCUUUGUGCCACUGGAAAUCCUGCUGAGUGAUUAAGACCAGGAUCAAUGGAUGUCAGGGACAAACUGGAUACACACUUAGCAGACCUACAGCUGUUGUAAACAUGGAUUGGUUACCCUGUUUGGAUCCCAGAGGCAUUUUCACAAGCCCCUUGUUUUAAUGUAGUUUGAUUUCUUAAAAACAUUUCUACAUCUCAGUAUGGGAAUGUUCCAUCCCUGGAAGCUCUCUUCCCAAAAACUUGGAUUUUUCCUUGUAACAUUUGGCUUCAUAUGGGGAAUGAUGCUACUUCACUUUACUAUUCAGCAACGGAGUCAGCAUGAAAGUAGUAGCAUGCUUCGGGAACAGAUUUUGGAUCUCAGCAAACGCUACAUCAAAGCACUUGCAGAGGAAAAUCAAAAUGUUGUGGAUGGGCCCUAUGUUGGGACAAUGACAGCAUAUGAUUUGAAAAAAACUCUGGCCGUUUUACUGGAUAAUAUUUUACAACGACUUGGAAAAUUAGAGUCUAAAGUAGAUAUCCUGAUAUUCAAUGCCUCAAGUGGAAAUUCAAGUAAUGUGACAUCCAGUGUUACUCCUGGUGGGAUAAAUGUAGAAAAAGUUAAUGUUGCAGAUCUCAUUAAUGGGGCUCAAGAACAUUGUGAAUUACCUUCAAUGGAUGGUUUUCCUCACUGUGAGGGUAAACUAAAGUGGAUGAAGGAUAUGUGGAGAUCAGAUCCAUGUUAUGCCAGCUAUGGAGUUGAUGGGUCCACUUGCUCUUAUUUUAUUUACCUCAGUGAGGUUGAAAACUGGUGCCCUCAUCUCCCAUGGAGAGCGAAGAAUCCCAGUGAAGAUGCUGACAAAAAAGGAAGGUCUGAAAUACGUACAGAUUUUGAAGAUCUAUACCUUGUAAUGUCCAAGCAUGAAGAAUUCCGGUGGAUGAUGUUGAGAAUCAAACGAAUGGCUGAGGCAUGGGUUGGAGCAAUUAAGUCCCUUGCCGAAAAGCAGAACCUUGAAAAUCGAAAGCGCAAAAAGAUUCUUGUUCACUUAGGACUCUUGACAAAAGAAUCAGGUUUCAAGAUUGCAGAGAGUGCUUUCAGUGGUGGUCCUCUGGGUGAACUAGUACAGUGGAGUGAUUUAAUCACAACUCUCUACUUGCUGGGUCAUGACCUCAAGAUUUCAGCUUCACUGGCUGAACUGAAGGAGAUAAUGAAGAAAGUGGUUGGCAAUAAAUCUGGCUGCCCAACCCAGGGAGAUAAAGUAGUGGAACUAAUUUAUAUUGACAUUGUGGGUCUAAGUCAGUUCAAGAAAACACUUGGCCCUUCUUGGGUUCAUUAUCAGUGUAUGCUCAGAGUUUUAGAUUCGUUUGGGACUGAACCAGAGUUCAACCAUGCUCACUAUGCACAGUCGAAAGGGCACAAGACACCUUGGGGAAAGUGGAACCUCAACCCUCAACAGUUCUACACUAUGUUUCCUCACACUCCAGAUAACAGUUUCCUAGGAUUUGUGGUGGAACAACACCUAAAUGCCAGUGACAUUAAACAUAUGGAUGAAAUCAAAAGGCAAAAUCAGUCUCUGGUGUAUGGGAAAGUGGAUAAUUUCUGGAAGGACAAAAAGAAGUACCUGGAUAUAAUUCAUAUCUAUACAGAGGUCCAUGGCACGGUACACGGUACAAGCACUGUAAACCUUCCCAGUUAUGUAAGAAACCAUGGUAUUCUGAGUGGCCGAGAUUUGCAGUUCCUACUCAGAGAGACCAAGCUGUUUGUGGGGCUUUCAUUUCCAUAUGAAGGUCCUGCUCCAUUGGAAGCUAUAGCUAAUGGGUGUGCUUUCCUGAAUCCCAAGUUUGAUCCACCAAAAAGCAGCAAAAAUACUGACUUCUUCAAAGGAAAGCCCACCACGAGAGAGCUGACAUCUCAGCACCCCUAUGCGGAGGUUUAUAUUGGAAAACCUCAUGUCUGGACAGUAAACAUUGAUGAUACAGAGGAAGUAGAGAAAGCUGUCAGAUCAAUUCUCAACCAAAAGAUUGAACCUUAUUUACCGUACGAGUUCACUUGUGAGGGUAUGUUACAGCGAGUCAACGCCUUCAUCGAAAACCAGGAUUUUUGCCAUGGUCAGGUGAUGUGGCCUCCUCUCAGUGCACUCCACGUGAAGAUAGCAGAGUCAGGAAAGUCCUGCAAACAAGUCUGUCAGGAAAAUCAGAUGAUUUGUGAGCCAUCCUUUUUUCAACACCUCAAUAAGGACAAGGACUUGAUCAAAUAUGGAGUUGAGUGCUUAACCGGUGAGUCAACAAAUGACAUUGUGUUGCCUGCAUAUGAUGAAGAGAAGAAGCACUGCAUCUUUCAAGGCGAUUUGCUUCUUUUCAGUUGUGCAGGGGCUCACCCAAACCUAAAACGUGUCUGCCCCUGCAGGGAUUACAUGAAAGGACAGGUUGCACUCUGCACAGGUUGUCUAUAGCACAGCCUGGGAAUCUGAACCAAACAACUACUAAGAAUUUACUUUCUGAAGUAAUAAAAGUCAUCAUGUGGGAUGAUGUACAUGUUUUCUGCUUAGAAAACAGAAAAGGUCUGUGAUAACAAAUGCAUUUUAACUGUGGAAGAAUGAGCCUUUCUAGAAGAUCCAAGAGGGGACAUAAUAGCUGCAGUGCACUUGUAAAGGUUAAGCAUCAAGGAUACAAGUGAUCCAUUGCCAAUCUCCAGUCAGCCUACAAUACUUGAAUCCAAGUCACAGAGGAACUUGGCUGAGUGGGAUUACAUAUAAGGACUAUCUGCAGCCAAACUAAAGAGAUGCGGUGCUAACAGUGCUAAAUGGAACAUGCUGCGGAACUCCUUUGCAGACAUGUAACUGUUUAAAACUUCAUUCCUGUAACCAAAAUAUUUAUUGACAAAGGGGGACCAACAGAAGGAAGGUUUUGUUGUCUUUUGUUUUUCUUUCAGUUUUCUGUGCUAAAUGCUAUCCACAUAAAAAUCUGACAAAAAUUAGAUCCUAGGUUUGCAUUGAAGUGUUUGAAACAAUAGGAAAGAAAAUUCUAGAAAAGAAAUUUGUUUGUAUUUGUAAAUGUACCAGUCUCAAACCUUAUAAACAAUAUUGCCUUCUAUACGUUAGAUUCAUCAGUAAGGUUAAAACUACCAGUAGUAUGCUUACAAAAUGCCAAAUGCAAUGUGUUUAAAAUGAUUGUGGUUUUAUCCAAAAUCUGUGCAGUUUUAUUUUGUUUCUUUUGCACAUUUUUAAACUGCAUGGCAGUUCUUUGAGUCCCCACAGCCAGUUAGGUUAGAUUACUAGAGGUAAUAUCUUUAGAGGAAUGUCUUAUAUAUUUAUGAAACUGUAGGCCAUGUAUGUGUUCAAAAUGAAAUUUUAAUAUCCAUUAUGCACACUAAAUCAUAACAAUCUGCAGUAUUUCUGGCAAACGGUAGUGGCAGUUUGCAGAGAUUUGUUGUGGUAAUUUUUCCUGUCUGGUGUCUAUCAGUGAGCGAUCUGAGGGACUGGCAGAGAAAGCCGUCUAAAAAGUAAAAUUUUGUCUAUUUUUGGGAAGAUUUAUUCAGAUUUCAUAAGAUAAUUUAUAAUUCCUAAUAGAAAAUAAUCUAUUUAAUUGGGUUGAUGACAGGGGUGUAGCAUAUAUACGCGCGCAUUUGUGUGUGUGUCUGUGUGUAUAUAUGUGUGUAUA